AUGGUUAAACUUCAAGUAAAUUGGAAAUUUCUAAUAGCAAGACCUUAUGGUAUUUUAUUAACAGGACGUAUGAUUUUAUUAGCUAUAUUAGUCAUUUCAAUUUUAAUAUUAAAAUAUCGUAUAAAUGAUGGAGAAUGGUUAAAUCUAAUGAAUGCACUAUUCCUUAUCUGGUCAAUUGUAUCAGUUUUAGCUCAUUUGUUUAAUUUUCAAAAAAAUUUAUCAAAAUUACCAAAUACAUAUUUUUAUAUUCCAUUUGCUUACUUAGAUUUUGUCAUUGGCAUAAUUGGAAUUGUUUUUUUUACAUUUGAAUCGGUUACAAUUUUUACUGGCAUUAUAUUUCAUCGUUAUUAUUUUUACUAUUUAGGUGAUUUUGUUUUAUUUUUAUUAGCAUUGACAUCUUCAUUUGUUGUUGGAUGUUGUUUUGGCUAUUAUUCAUUAUUAUUACAUGUUCAAACACAAAAUAUUAAAGAUUUACCAAUAAGCCAAAUGGUUGUUGAGGGUGAUAAAAUUACAUAUUUUGUUGCUGCUAAUGAAAGUUCAGAAAAAAGUUUACCAACAAUUUGA